AUGUCUACAUCAUCAUCCCCAGUCAGACCAAUAGUCAUUUCAGGUCCAUCAGGUACAGGUAAAUCAACAUUACUUAAGAGGUUAUUCGCUGAAUAUCCAAACAAAUUUGGCUUUUCAGUUUCAAACACUACUAGAAAACCAAGAGAGGGCGAAGUUGACGGUAAGGAUUACCACUUUUGUACUGUGGAUGAAUUUAAGAAACUAAUUGAUGAAAGAAAGUUUAUUGAAUGGGCACAAUUCUCAGGUAACUACUAUGGAACCACCAUCAAGGCUGUCAAAGACGUUGCUGAUCUGGGAAGGAUUUGUUUGUUGGACAUUGAUAUGCAAGGUGUCAAGUCUGUCAAGCAAACUGACUUGAAUGCAAGAUACCUUUUCGUUAGUCCUCCAUCAAUUGAAGAGUUGAGGAGCCGAUUAGACGGAAGGGGUACCGAAAGCAAAGAAAGUUUGGAAAAGAGGAUUGCUGCUGCUGAAGGUGAAUUAGCAUAUGCGAAAACUGGAGCUCAUGACUUGAUAAUAGUUAACGAUGAUUUAGAUAAAGCUUAUGCUGAGUUUAAAAAGUUCAUAUUGGAAGAGUAG